CUCCUCUCUGGCUGAUGCUGGCGAUGAUUCCCGGGCGAGCGUUGUUUACUUCUCCCUCACACGUGCCACUGGUGUUGUUUUCCUUCAUAACUGUGCAAUUACAAGACGUAGAGAGCUGAGGGCGUGAGGAGCAGACAACUCCACACAACUAUGGAUGUGGACCUUUAUGACGAGUUCGGCAACUACAUCGGGCCGGAGCUUGACUCAGAUGAAGAGGAAGAGGAGGAGGAUGACGACGACUACCCCGACCCUGAGCAGGACGUGAAUGGCUUUGAGGAGGAGGAGGGGGGACCGGGGGAGGAGGAGGAGGUGGCGUCGCAGGCAGUGGUGUUGCACGAGGACAAGCAGUACUACCCCAGUGCUGCUGAUGUGUACGGCCCAGAGGUGGAAACUAUUGUGCAAGAGGAGGAUGCCCAGCCACUCACCCAGCCUAUCAUUCAGCCGGUGAAGGUGAAGAAGUUUAGCCAUGUGGAGAAGGACCUGCCCAUCACCAGCUAUGACCUGGAGUUCCUGGCCGACCUGAUGGACAACCCGGGCCUGGUGCGCAACAUUUCCCUCAUUGGUCACCUGCACCACGGCAAGAGCACCUUUGUGGACUGCCUCAUCCACCAGACACACCCAGAGUUCAGGAGCAAGGAGGAUGUGCCAGUGAGGUACACAGAUACGCUGUUCACGGAGGGGGAGCGUGGCCUCAGCAUCAAGGCCACACCCAUCACGCUGGUCAUGCAGGAUGUGCGCAAUAAAAGCUUCCUCCUCAACAUCUUCGAUACGCCUGGACAUGUCAACUUCUCAGAUGAGGUGACUGCGGCAAUGCGGCUGAGCGAUGGCGUGGUGCUGUUCAUCGACGCGGCAGAGGGUGUGAUGCUGAACACGCAGCGGCUGCUGAAGCAUGCGGCGCAGGAGAGGCUGGCCCUCACCGUGUGCAUCAACAAGGUGGACCGCCUCAUCCUGGAGCUGAAGCUGCCGCCGCAGGACGCGUACUACAAGCUGCGGCAUAUUGUGGAGGAGGUGAACUCCCUGCUGCAGCAGUACACAGACCAAGACAACCCUCAGAUCAUCUCCCCCCUGCUGGGCAACGUGUGCUUUGCCAGCUCCCAGUAUUCCCUCUGCUUCACCCUCAAGUCCUUUGCCAAGCUGUACUCGCAGCACUACGGCUACGAUAUCCCCCUGGAGGACUUCUCCCGCCGCCUGUGGGGGGACAUCUACUUCAACCCGCGCACUAGGAAGUUCACCAAGAAGCCUCCCACAUCCACAGCACAGAGGAGCUUUGUGGAGUUCAUCCUGGAGCCGCUGUACAAGAUCUUCGCACACAUCGUGGGUGAUGCGGACACACACCUGGAGUCGCUGAUGGAAGAACUGGGCCUGCACAUGAGCAAGGAAGAGCAGCGCAUGAACAUCCGGCCGCUGCUCAAGCUGUUCAUGAGCAAGUUCAUUGGGGAGUUUGACGGGUUUGUAGACAUGUGCGUGCAGCACGUGCCGUCCCCUCAGGCCUACGGCAAGCACAAGGUGGAGUCCACCUACACAGGGCCACUGGACAGUGACCUGGCCCUCACCAUGAUGCAGUGCGACCCAGAGGGGCCCCUUGUGGUCCACACCACCAAGCAGUACCCCAAUGAGGAUGCCACCACCUUCCACGUGUUCGGCCGCGUUAUCUCUGGCACCAUCCGGGCCAACCAGGAGGUGCGGGUGCUGGGGGAGAAGUACACGCUGAUGGACGAGGAGGACUCACGUGUGCUGACUGUGGGGCGGCUGUGGGUGUCGGAGGGACGUUACAGCAUUGAGGUGAAUGCCGUGCCCGCUGGGAACUGGGUGCUCAUCGAGGGCAUCGACGAGCCCAUUGUCAAGACGUCCACGCUCACCGACCUGCCGCCAGCCAGCGAGCUCCACAUAUUCCGGCCGCUCAAGUUCAACACACAGUCGGUGAUCAAGAUCGCGGUGGAGCCGGUGAACCCCUCUGAGCUGCCCAAGAUGUUGGAUGGCCUGCGCAAGGUGAACAAGUCCUACCCGCUGCUGAACAACCGCGUGGAGGAGUCUGGGGAGCACGUCAUCCUGGGUACGGGUGAGCUGUACCUGGACUGUGUCAUGCACGACUUGCGCAAGAUGUACUCCGAGAUCGACAUCAAGGUGGCAGACCCUGUGGUGAGCUUCUGUGAGACCGUGGUGGACACCUCCUCCCUCAAGUGCUUUGCUGAGACGCCCAACAAGCGCAACAAGGUGACCAUGAUCGCUGAGCCCCUGGAGCGUGGCCUGGCAGAGGACAUCGAGGGGGAGGUGGUGCAGAUCUCCUGGGACAGGCGGCGCCUCGGGGAGUUCUUCCAGACGCGCUAUGACUGGGACGUGCUGGCGGCCCGGUCCAUCUGGGCCUUCGGGCCGGACCACAGCGGCCCCAACAUCCUGGUGGACGACACGCUGCCCUCCGAGGUGGACAAGAAUCUGCUAUCCUCUGUGCGAGACUCCAUUGUGCAGGGCUUCCAGUGGGGCACCCGCGAGGGGCCACUGUGCGAGGAACCAAUCAGGAACUGCAAGUUCAAGAUCCUAGAUGCAGUGAUUGCAGAGGAGCCAUUGCACCGUGGAGGUGGCCAGGUGAUCCCCACAGCGCGGCGCGUAGCCUACUCUGCCUUCCUGAUGGCCACGCCGCGCCUCAUGGAGCCGUACUACUUCGUGGAGAUCCAGGCGCCAGCAGACUGCGUGUCCUCCGUGUACACCGUGCUCACCAAGCGGCGUGGCCACGUCACGCAGGAUGCGCCUGUGGCUGGCUCCCCACUCUACACCAUCAAGGCCUUCAUCCCCGCCAUUGACUCCUUCGGCUUUGAGACUGACCUGCGCAUGCACACGCAGGGCCAGGCAUUCUGUCUCAGUGUGUUCCACCACUGGCAGAUCGUGCCCGGCGACCCGCUGGACAAGAGCAUCGUGAUCCGCCCCCUGGAGCCGCAGCCUGCCACGCACCUGGCCAGGGAGUUCAUGAUCAAGACGCGCCGCAGGAAGGGCCUGUCCGAGGAUGUGUCCAUCAACAAGUUCUUCGACGACCCCAUGUUGCUAGAGCUGGCCCGCCAGGACGUCACCCUCAACUAUGCCUAGACACGCUCCCUCUGGCUUGCGUCCGUCGCCCCACCUCCCCUCACACACACUUGUAUCUGGGUGUUGUCUGCUGCACACACACCUCAGCUAUCAUUACUGUGGUGUUGUCUGCUGCACACACACCUCAGUUUCCUGUUAUGGUGUUGAUGGUGUUUUCUGCUGCUCACACACCUAUUUUUUUCCAUGAUGGUGUUGUCAGCUGCCUGAACACUUCAUUACUGGGCAGUUUGUGUUACUCAAACUCCUAAUGGAAGGUGGCACAGUGCAUUACACACUUCUGACAUGAAACAUCCAACCCAGCAGAGGAAAAUAAGACUGUUUAGUGAAAUAAUAGUGAUAAUACUGAUUUAUGUCACAGGAAGUAAGAGAAAAAUAAGACUGUUCAAUGAAAUAAUAAUAAUAAUAAUAAUGCUGAUUUUUUUAUAUUGUAGAAAAACAAAAUCUAUAUUGCUGUAUUUGAAGGAAUAUUUGGCAAGAGAGAGGUGGAAGGAGCUCAGCAGUGGCCAUGCUCCUCAGGGGUGCUGCCGAGAGGAGUGAGGCGCCUUCGGUAGACAGCUACAUAGGUAGACAGUCUGUAGUAAGAUAAUUUUGAGACAUCCACAUUAUUCUAAAAUUAGUAAAAGAUGAUAUUUCUUUUUUUUUUUAAUGUUCUUGAGGUAAAUAAUUUUGGUACAGAUUCAUGUCAUUUUAAAAUUAGUAUAAGAUUUUUUUGUUAUUUAGAAGUAAAUGACUUGUAUGAUAUUUCUGUCACUACAACACAGCAUUUCUGGUCUAUACAAAAGAGGUUGAUAUAUUGCCACCUGUUUGAAGCUUAAUCCUUUAAAAUCUGGGUGGCUUCCUAUAACAUAUCAAAUCAGUAUAUUCAAAAUUGAAAUUGUACAAAACUAGAUACUUCCACGUAGAGAAUUUUACUGUACACAACGCACAGCUCAUUGAUUGUAAGACAGCAUCCGUGAAACUUAGUGAAAACAUAAUCUGAUCCUAAAUAAGAGUACAAGACAAGCACCGGAUGCAGAGGGUUAAUCAUUGGGAGUUAAGCCUUGUUAUGGUGAAAAUCCGAGAAGUUUGGCAGUUUGUAUAUUAGUGAAGCUCUCGGUAUUCCAUUCAGAGGUGCUGCGGUUGUGGUCCGUGAAGAUUGGCAGAAAUAUUUGUCUAUUUGAUGUGUAGUAAUUGAGACAGAUUCUUAUUGUUCUUAAAAUUUUAUAGUAUGAAGUUUUUUUAUGUAUUGCUUUUUGUCUCUGAUGCUGUAUUUGUCUUGUGUAAUUAUGUAAUUAUUUUUUUUAUCUUGUUUGUUUUUUAUUUAUAUAUAUAUGUACAUGUUUUUAUUUUUUUUCACAUUCAUUUUCUUUUUAUUAUAUGUUAGGAGUGGCCAAGAGCAUAAAGCAUAUAUAAAAAGGCGUCUCACUGUGCUGUUUCUCAAAGAUUCAACCACAGGAAGCUCCAAAAAUCAAGCAACACAACGUACAUUAUAUUGUUUAUUGCGUCAUUGUGUACAUGUGAGUGCAACUGAAGACUGUGGAUGUGUUAGGGUUGGCUUCACAGUUUUGUACAUUGAGUCAAGUACAAAUUAUUGAACACUUC